GCUUCCCGAGUGCAAUCGUUUAGAGAUUAACGUCAACUGAAACCGAAAAUGUCCGACCCUACAGUAGCAGAUACUCGCCGAUUAAACUCCAAACCUCAGGAUCUUACAGAUGCUUAUGGUCCCCCGAGCAAUUUUCUCGAAAUUGAUGUUUAUGACCCACAAACUGUCGGGGUCGGCCGGAACCGAUUCACAACAUACCAAGUGCGAAUGCGGACAAACCUACCGAUCUUUAAAUUGAAGGAUUCAUGUGUACGGAGAAGAUACAGCGAUUUUGAGUGGCUGAAAAAUGAGCUGGAACGAGAUAGUAAGAUUGUGGUACCCCCUCUGCCUGGGAAAGCUCUGAAGAGACAGUUGCCCUUCCGAGGAGAUGAGGGUAUCUUUGAGGAGGGUUUCAUCGAGGAGCGGAGAAUAGGCCUGGAGCAGUUUAUCAACAGAAUCGCAGGCCAUCCCCUGGCCCAGAAUGAACGCUGUCUCCACAUGUUCCUGCAGGAUGAGUCCAUUGACCGCAACUACAUUCCUGGAAAAGUGUGAAUAAACAGUGCCAGUGAUGAAAGUGAUGAGGUGCAUGCAGCCCAGCCUCCAACCCAGCCCUGGCUGUUUGACUAAAUUACAAAAACCUGUGGUGCAGGUGACCAUCUUCUCCUUCAAUGCCUGCAUAUGUCUGAACUCUGUAAAUACUGUGUAAAUAUAUACAUAUCUUGUUAUUAUCUAUCAACCAAGAAAUUGCCGCAAUAUAUUCAUCGAGUGUAGAGCUUAGGUCAGUAGCCUGGAAAGGGGAAUACAUUGUCAAUCAAGGGGGAUUUUUGCAUGCAGACUUUAACUGAAACCUGUGCUCACUGUACAUGUCAUAGUGUCUUUUUUGACACUGACAUCCAAACCUCGUGUUGCUACUCUUCAACUCUUUCUAAAAUGUGUGGAAACCGCUCUCUAUCGACACUUGCUACAAUAGACAAAGUUUGCUUCUACACAAACAAGUUGUCUUAAGUUUCUCAGAAGGUAUGUGGUGGUCCUCAGGUGCAUCCAUUGACUCUUAUUCAGCCAUGCAUUUCACCAGAAAGCACCAAAGACAGUCGUUUCUCUGCUGCCCUGUGAUUGUGACGUCUUCCUGACCCCCUGCCUAGUCUAUGACUGAUUAAGCAACACUAUUUUGGGGGGGGGGGGGGGG